CACCAUUGGCACUGCGAUUGGAGCAGGUUUGAUAGUGGGAAGUGCCUGUACGCCGGUGUCUCCCUGGUUGCGCAAGACGCCAUUUUGGAGUGACAGUGAAAGAUAACGGAAAGAUCGAGAAGCUGUCUUUCUAAAGCUUCGUCACCAUGGGGAAUAUAUUUGCAAGCUUAUUCAAAGGCCUUUUUGGCAAAAAGGAGAUGAGGAUUCUUAUGGUUGGGCUUGAUGCUGCUGGAAAAACAACCAUCUUAUAUAAACUGAAGCUUGGAGAGAUAGUCACCACCAUUCCCACCAUUGGUUUUAACGUUGAAACUGUAGAAUACAAGAACAUCAGCUUCACAGUGUGGGAUGUGGGCGGUCAGGACAAAAUCAGGCCGCUGUGGCGCCACUACUUCCAGAACACUCAAGGGCUCAUCUUUGUGGUGGACAGCAACGACCGGGAGAGAGUGAACGAGGCGAGGGAGGAGUUGUCCAGAAUGCUCGCCGAGGACGAACUCAGAGACGCUGUGCUGCUCGUUUUUGCAAAUAAACAGGAUCUCCCCAACGCUAUGAAUGCUGCAGAGAUCACAGACAAGCUGGGCCUGCACGCCCUGCGUCAGCGCAGCUGGUACAUCCAGGCCACCUGCGCCACCAGCGGGGACGGCCUGUACGAGGGCCUGGACUGGCUCUCCAACCAGCUCAAGAACCAGAAAUGAUCCAUUCCACCAGUUUUGAUUUUUGUUUGAUGUUUAUUUUUUUCUGUUUCAACACCGGCCGGCACACGGAACCAGGCCCCCCCCCCCUUUUUCGCUCCCAUCUAACCCGAUUUCCCAAACCCAGCGCUUUCUUUCAAGAACUUCCUUCAUUCCCCCGCCUCCCUCCCCCCACCCCCCCCAUCCCUCCUCCUGCUUUCUGCCCUCGUCAGUACUCUCUUGGGGUUCAAGCCUGUGCUGCUUGUGUGUGUGGGCCGUGUGUGUGUGUGUACCUUGUGUGUUCAGAGAGAGAGUGUGUGUGUGUGUGUGUGUGUGUGGGUGUGAAGGCGUCUCUGUGUAUGUUGGCUGGGAUUGGGAGUAACCCUGGCGUGCCUUUUACACACCUGUGGAAUCAGCAGUCUGGUUUUCAAGCCCCUUUCUCCAUCCACCAAACUCAGCCUCUGCCCCACUCAGCCUACCCCCACUCCAAGUCUUGCACGGCCCCCUACUCCCCCACCCUUACUCUCCAGGGGAAGCAUGGUUUUCAUAACGCAAAGAAAGAGCAAGGGUGCAAGCUCCCCCCCCCCCCUCCCUGUAGUAUAUAUCUAUGUUAACUAGAAAUGUUCACCUGAUGUAGACUGAAUGCUAAAUGUUCAUUUUAACCUCUUUUUGAUUUUGAAACCUCAAACCCACCAGUAAGAGAUUCAGUAAAUUGCAUCUUAACCUGUAUCAGGUCGAAGCAAAUCAAAAAAAUGGAAAAAAGGAAGAAAAAAAAAAAAAUGCCCAUCCUCGAUCAUUCUGGUGUCAUUUGAAAAUCAUGCUGUUUUUGUUUUAUUAUUAUUAUUAUUAUUAUUAUUAUUAUUAUUAUUAUUAUAUUGGAAUAUAACAGAUUAUUCUUAGCAAUGGUUCUCCAGUGAACACUACCUUUCUCCCCACCAAGCGAGACCGUGAAGCACAAAGCCAACAAUUAAAAAUUAAAUUAAAUUAAAAUCUACUUUAAAAUUUAAGGAUUGGAAUAUAUGCAAUUUGACAUUUUUAAAUGGCUAGCAUUUAAUUCCCUGGAUGACAUUUGGAUUUUCGAGAUAACCUUCAGUUCUAUUAAUCAUUGUGACAGUUUAGUCCUACUCUAUGUAGGUCAGAUACGAGGUGUUGGGCAUUUCACAAACUUCAGCCGGUUAACUGAGACAGGUGUCCUGAUACAUUCACAAGCUUCACAUGUUAUUCCUUUCAGAGAUGUUACAUGUUUUGUUUUUGUUUGUUCUGUAACUAGUUUUAGCAUUUCUAUUUGUACUUUUGACUGCUGAACCAAAUGCAUUUGAGCAGUAUGACAAAUCCUGUAUAUGAAAGUAGUGCAUCCUUGAGGGGCCUGAGGCUGUUUUUCUCACUAACGGUUGGCAGUUUUACUUUUGAAAUCUGAAAGCAUCCAGUGGUCUAAUUUUUUUUUUCCUGGUUGGGAUUGAAGGAUUGGCACCAAAUAUGAAGGCUCUUUAACUGUGAACGGUCCAGACAUGAAGAAAAGGGGGGGAAACCUAGUUUUCGAAUGUCUGGGCGUUGACAGGCUACUACACAUUAUAGCGCCGCAUUCUUCAUGACUGAAAAGACCAACGCAGCAAGUACUCCUGUCAGUGGCUCGUCGGUGAGCUGGAAGGACUUGGUGGUAGACCUCUUAAAGGGGGAUAGGUGUGCAGUUAACUGGUCGUGAGAUUCAGCGGGCGUUCUCAGUGUCGAAACCAUGGGGGUUAAGCUGGCACUUCUGUCGAGAAUGAUUGUAAAUCUGUACGUUCCCCUGUAAACUGUUUCUGUGGGGAUUUCCUGAACACAUUAAUAAACAUGAUUUGAUCCAACA